CGUUGUUCUACUGUCGAUUGCAACACUUCUGUGCCAGUUUGUUGUUAGUUAUUAUUUUGCCUUAGCUUUAGUAGCCAAAACAGCAAGGCGCUCCGCUUUUAUAACGAAACAAAGUGAGAUUCAGUCGUUUCGUUCGUUUCGUGUGUGUGACUCUGUGCUUUUAACCAAGUGUUUGGUCUGGUCACCAGGCGAUCGUCGUCUAUCUUACGGAUACAUUUCACAAGAAUUUGUAAUAAAAGAGAUCAUAGAUCCGAUUUGGUGUUAAUCGAGAAAUAAAGCCGGAUUUUCAUUAACCCAGGAAAAAUAGAUAAAAUAUUUCAAGGACAGCGUCAACCGCACUCUCCAACGCCGAAAAAGCUCAAAGCAGCCACAAGCCUUGGCCCACGUACUUAAAAGAGAAUAAAGUCGCAUAGUCAAAUAAAUAGAGCGAACUGAUCUGAUUCAUUCAAAAAAGCAAUUUAUAGCGAAUAAACUGCGAGUGAUUAUACUGGUUGUCGCACUCUAGAUAUUAGUGUAUACUAAAACAAAAAACCAUAAGAGGAAAAAAAUAAAAACAAAAAGAAACCACAAGUCAUUCGCAUAAAUCCAAAGGAUAUUCUGAGCCCAAAGGUAGUGAUUAAAAACCGUCAAAAUUCUUCCCUUUGCAAAUUUUAAAAUACAACCACAGCCAAUGCACAAGAUGGCAGCACCGGCCGGAGCAGCGCCGACGGCGGCACUUGAGGCCCCACUAUCCGCCCCAAAGUAUGGCACGCUUAUACCAAACAGAAUUUUCGUUGGCGGCAUAAGGGUGAAUGUGUCGUGCUAAGGGAUCGAAAACUGAAUAUAGCUCCAGCUAUCAAGAAACAAUCGAUCGUUGCAACGAAUGGUGCUGUCUAUUAUACAACAACACCACCGGCCCCAAUUAGCAAUAUGCCCAUUGAUCAAUUCGCCGCCACGGUUUAUCCGCCAGUUACUGAUUUUACAGCAGCCGGCGUGCCAACAAUUUACCCACCUUCAAUGCAAUAUCAACCAUUUUAUCAGUACUAUAGUGUGCCAAUGGUCAGUGCGGCGAAUGUACCCACCAUUUGGCCACAGAAUUAUCAAGGUAUAUAUCCAUGUUAAUUUUGAGGGUACUAACGACAGCAUCCAUACCCACAACUAUGAUCACACGACUACAAUAAACAACAAGAACAACAGCAACAUUGAUGCUACUACAUUUUAUGCGUAUAAAUAUUUGCAAUGAUGAAUAUUUAAUGUUUCUUGGUGACAACCAAACAAAUUCACAAAUUGUAAGAGACACGACAACAAAGACACAACUUUAUAACAAUAGCUUCCUUUACUACUACUACAACUACAACUACAAAAAUAUCUACGAGUUCGAAAACCGAGAAAUUAUGAGAAGAACAAAAACAAAAAAAGCGACAUAAAACAAUAAUUUAUUUGCGGCAAGAAGAAAUUGUUCGCUUUUUAAACACACAAAGAAAUGAGGACGGUAGUGCAAAAUGUCGAACCGUUACACCGAUCGAUGCAUAGAUCGUAGCACACUAAAAAGUGCACUAGCAGCGGCAAAGAGGCGUUAAUAGUCGAGAGUCAGAAAUAGUCGAUGCAUCAGGUCCAGGCAAGGACGUUUUCUAACCAUAGUAAAGGCUGCUUUAGUCAUUAAAUAAUUCAACGUAAAAACAAAAGAAACAUGGACUGAAUUCAGGGCCGCCGUUUAUUAAGAGAAUGAUUUAAAAUACGCGCACAUACACAAAUACAUACAUAACAAAACAUACAAAUCGACACAAACUCUUAUUUUAAUUGUGUACAUUAACAUGAAAACGUACAGUUUAGAUAUAGAAAAGUAUUGAUAAUUGAAAAUUAUUGGGAGUUGUAUGAGCAAGUACGCGAACGUAAUAAAAGAUGGUGGAGAGAAAUACUAAAUUUUAAACCCAGUGAAACUAAGUAGUCUUACGUUAUGCUACAAAUCGUAUGUAUGUAUAUGGCAAGAUAUUUAACUGCUACGUAUAGCGCCAGUAAUUGUUUAUUGUUUUCGAAAACAAUGUACGUAUAUGUUAGUAUUUUCGAAUUUCGAAACAAAUACCAAAACGGUUUUGCCGUACCAUAACGAAUCGUAGUUAGUUAUARAAAGCGGAGAAAGACAAGUUGGCAUGUUCGUAGUUUGUAGUUGAAAUAUGAA